CCGCACAGCGGUUCAUCACAACAUAACAAUAUAUCCGCAGCUGUGGCCAGUGACGGCAAAAUUAAUCGCGCCUACACGUGCCCAGAUAUAGAACUGCAGAAUUCCAGCCCGAGCUCGGACAGACGGCAGGAUGCUACGAACAGUUUAGUCGAUAACUGCAUCCAGUUAAACCCAUUAAAAGCCAUGUCUCAUUCCGCCAGCAUGCCAUACGCGCACGCUCUGCUUGACAAGUCAGAGGACUCUAUACAACAACAACCCGACAUAGGGGCCAAGACGGACGAGUACUGCAAGCACAAAGCUCUGAACGUAAACAAGGAAUCCGCACUUUCUGAAAUAGGAGCCGAUUACAUGCGAGUGAAUGGAGCCAUUGGGUCUUUUAAACAACUGCAGAAGCCCACCUCCAUGCAGUCGUUACCGACGUCGCCUAAAAUGAGCUGCACGUCAACGGAGGACGCUGGAAUAGCCUUGGUGGGAGUAACGGACUUUCCGAGAUACGUGGACGAGAGACCGAGCAAAGUAAGGCAAAAGCCGAAUGUCGGUUAUCGUCUGGGCAAAAGGAAAAGUCUGUACGAAAAGCGUAAAAAGAUAUCGGACUACGCCUUAGUGUCGGGAAUGUUUGGAAUUGCCGUGAUGGUUGUGGAAACAGAACUCAUAAUGGCUAAUGUGUACUCCAAGGAGAGUUUUUAUUCUAUCGCGCUGAAAUCCUUAAUCAGCAUUUCAACUGUGAUAUUACUCGGACUUAUACUGGCUUAUCACGCUUUGGAGGUGCAGCUGUUUGCGGUAGACAACUGUGUAGAAGAUUGGCGAAUUGCAAUUUCCUGGAGACGAAGCGUGCAAAUGUUCCUUGAAUUCCUAGCCUGUGCUGUUCACCCGAUUCCGGGGGACUUCUACUUCAUAUGGACCACGACUCACGCGGACGAUGGCAUUGUGACAAGCCAAAAAGUGCCGGUGGACAUCCUCUUGUCUUUGCCAAUGUUCCUUCGUUUGUAUCUAAUAUGCAGGGUGAUGUUGUUACACAGUCGGCUCUUCACCGACGCCUCAUCUCGGAGUAUAGGCGCUUUGAACCGUAUAAACUUCGACACACGGUUCGUACUGAAAACAUUAAUGACCAUAUGCCCGGGAACUGUAUUGCUCGUGUUCAUGCUAUCUUUGUGGAUAAUAGCCAGUUGGAUAUUACGAGCGUGUGAAAGCCAUCACGAUGUCAAACAUGCCAAUAUUCUCAAUUCCAUGUGGAUGAUAGCCAUAACCUUCCUCAGUAUCGGUUAUGGCGACAUCGUUCCCAACACAUACUGUGGCAGGGGCAUUGCUAUCUUGACAGGGCUUAUGGGGGCGGGGUGCACUGCAUUAGUGGUAGCUGUAAUUGCCAGAAAACUUGAGCUCAGCAGGGCUGAGAAGCAUGUACAUAAUUUUAUGAUGGAUACGCAAUUAUCAAAAAGGUUGAAAAAUGCCGCGGCCAAUGUACUUCGGGAGACCUGGCUUAUAUAUAAAUAUACAAAACUAGUGAAGAAAGUCAACUCAAGUAAGGUCCGGACGCAUCAGAGGAAGUUUCUUCACGCCAUUCACAAUCUCCGACGGGUAAAACUAGACCAGAGGAAACUUACAGAGAACCAAAACACGUUAGUGGAUAUGGCAAAGCACAUAGCCAUGGCCGGUUUGGACUCUGCUCACAGCGUCUAUAUCUCUGUACCAUUCGUAGAGUACAAGCAGAUCCAGUGUCACAUACAGGAAAUGGUGUCAGAAAUGCAUGGCAAUCAGAGUGGUUUAGAAAAGCGGGUCCAAAACCUGGAAGAGAAGCUCGUCGGACUUCAGACCCAGUUGGAUCAGUUGCCCACAGUGAUCGCCCGUUGCGUAACGGACCGCCAGGACCAGCGUGACAGAGGAGACCUUCGCUCAUCAUUGGACGCCAUGAACCCCAGGCGAUUCUCACCGCCACGCAGGAGAAGACUGCCGGUUUUUCAGCUGCCGGGAGCAAACAGUUCGAGUCAGCUAUGAACAUCUCUCAGGUGACCUGCUGCAGGUCGUUCCUACAGUCUUUUGCCGAGCACAAUCGCACGUUGUACUGAACAACAACCUUACUUUGGUUUCAAUGAGAAAACGGAAAGAAAAGAUUCCUGGUCUGAUGCCAUGUGGGUUCAUGGACAAAAUAGCGAUAGAAUAAGCGUUACUACCAUUGGUAAUGGUGGAGGGAAGUCCUGGAAACUGUGCUGAAACCAAACAAGGUCUUCUGUGUCCGGUGUGUGAUGCACAUCUCAUCGCCUGCCUGCCUGCCGGAAAGCAGCAUGCCGCGGGUUGCCUUCUAAAAAGGUACAGAUGGGAAUAUAGUGCUCUGUGAUACGUGUAAUGGAACGUUGAACUUGUGAGAGAAGACAUUAAAAAUGCCGACAGACACCGGCCACUGUGAUAGGAAAUGACUCAUCAGCGCGAGAUCUUGUGACGAGAUUUCGCCAGAGACGAGAUUUCGGUAGCAGCUUUAUGAAACGUGAUAGAUAACAUUCGGCGGCUACGUGUGCUGAUGACAUUCCAUUGUUGAUCUAUACAAAGUACAUUUUUCGUGAGGAAGAUAGCUCUUUGUAUAUGAUGCUUGCCUAUAAUGGCGUUCGAGUGUACAGGUAACGGCGAGCGUUCUUAGUUGUUUAUAUAUAUACAUAUAUCUAUAAAGAUACGAAAAAAUGAAGUAUUGUGACAGUAUGACUGGGUGUGAUUGGUGUUAUGCUGAUUGAUGGUAAUGAUGAUGCUGAUUAUAAUGAUGAUGAUGUUGAUACAGUGAACCUGUGUAGCCAGUCUCCAAGUCUCUUUACAAACUCUUGUUUUCUACGUAACUUCCGUCCAUGUUCCUACCUAGUCGUCCCCUUUCCGCAGAGCUUUCCUUCAAUCUGCCACCAUGUUAACGGAAAUCCUCAGUUUCCAACGAGCUUCAUUGAUGACUUUUUGUCGUGUCACUAACAUCAGUGGCGUGAAAAGAAUGGAGAUAGUGUUGAAGAAUCCGAGUGUGAAAGUUGAUAUAAACUCUGAACGGAUUCUGUAUAUCAUUACACAACCAUGUUUUCGCUUUUUCAUAAAGUCUCGGCUUUUUUUCGUUCUGAACUGACAGUAUUCUCUUCAA